CGCGACAGGAAGUGACGUAGAGAGCUGUCGGUUGCUAGGCUUCAGCCAUGCUUCUCGGCGCGUCGCGAAGCUCCUACAACGCCUUAGCAGAGUGUAAGAGGCGAAGUGUGUGAUCGACAGCAGGGUCGCCACACCGCGUCUCUCAGGAUGGGUCUGCCUUUGCCCAUUCUAGGGCUACACUGUCUUGCGCUUCUGCUUGUGGGUUGUUUAGCCGAUGGGCCCACAGAGCGCGCCACCACGGGCACCUACGAUCUGGCCAUAUGCCCCUGUGACCUCACGAGUGGAGUGUGUGACAUCAACUGCUGCUGUGACUUGAGCGAUUGCGGCCUUAGCAACCCGGAAGGCGUCUUCUCGUCGUGCAGUACCGGCAGCAAACGAGUUGUGUCAUGGCAGUGUGCAGAGGAAUUUCUAAUUUUCAGUGCCAACACUCCUAGCUUGACCACCCUGCUCAUGGAUGGGCAGACACGGCUUUUCUGUGUUCAGGUCGAUAAUGGCAAGCUAAACUAUGUAGCUCUGCCUCCUACGGCCACACGAGUGUCCGGCUUCCCUUCCUUCUUCAUGCAAGCCACUCAACAGACUCCCACUACUGCAGCAUUCUACCGAGCCGGAGAUGUCAUCCUUUCCAUCUUCAGUGUCUCCUCAGUGUUUGGCAAAUUUCGUCAGCCAGGACCCAGUGGUACAAGUGGAGCAUGCAACGACUACAAUCCUGCAGUUUUCUUGCAGAGUGGGCAGACAUCCUGUACCCGCAGUGUGACAAGCAGCUCCUGUGAGACAGCCAAUGGACUCAAAGCCAGCACCUUCUAUGCGGAUUUCUUCCUUUUACGGAUACCCAGCCCCUCACUUGCCAGUGUACCAGCUAUGAAGAUCAACAUACAGCCAAUGUCACAGUGGCCACAGCCAGUUCUCAUUGGGAACGUCUGUAAAAACGUGACAUCCCAGGUCUCCUACAUCUUAAACUUCUCAGCAUCUGGUGAAAUUGUUAGCGCCUCUGUGGAUGUGCAACUGGCAGAUGUGAAAAUAAGCGACAGCAACAUGGUACAGACCUUUUCAGUACAGUAUCAGCCUUCUACUCCUACUGCCACUUCUCAGGUGAAGCUGGGCCUUGCCCCUGGUGAACCAGUGACUGGACAGUUUGCUGGCCAAGCAAAUCCAAUUUUGGUGUCUAGUGGAUUGCCAGAUGGAGUCUGCUCUGUUUCCUCAAGAAGACCUCUACUGUUCAAGGAAAACCUGCUGACAAGCUGCUUACUGAAUUUUGUGGCCCAGGACUGUCAACAACUGAAUACUCAGGCCUAUGCCUUCCUGAGAGGCAACAGCACCCCAGAGUUUGUAGCAAUGACGCAUGGUGCACAAGCGGCCUCCGACUGGACCAGAGUCAUCGUCAGUGACUGUGCUCCCCAGCAGGGGAACCAGAGCUGUUCAACUGGAUGUUGGAUACCCACUUCUAUGUCAUACCAACUGCUGUGGGCUCAGCGCGGAUUAGUGAGCCACCCACAGAACCAGAUUACUGGGGUCAAAGUCACUUUCAGCUGUGAAACUUUGCAGUGUUCUUCUAAACCUCACCUCACAGUAGAUGUGACAUUUGUGGAAACCACGGUUUACCCAGAAGUACCACGGGGACGCCCCACACCGGACUGGAAGCUGCCUUUUGACUUCUUCUACCCGUUUCGUAUGGCCGCACUAACUAAUCGAGCUGCUGGUCUGCUCAGAUUUGGGUUUGGUGGAAUGCUGACCAUUGUGAUGAGUCAAGUGUUACUUUAACUGUUUGUCAAUGGGUACUUGGGCCUGAUGGGACGAAAAAUUUUCUUAACAGAAUUUAUAUAUUUUUAUGUAAAACAAUGGAAUUAAAUUUUUUUUAAAUCAAGAGUCUUUGCAUUGGUCACUAGGUUGAAAUCCUAGGUCAAGUGGUUUGCGGUAGCUGCACAAGUAUUGUAAUUCCCACAUUCACAGCAUGGAGUUGUUCAGAUGAGUCUUCCACUAUCUGGAAUUCCACUAUGAACCCCCCC